AUGGCCUCAGGGACUGGAGGGAGCUGGGGUCGUCCCCCCGCACAGACUGUAGCCCCGACGCCCUGGGUGACCAUUCUGCAGCCCCUCCUGUGGGCCAUCCCACCUCCGUCCCCACAGCCGAGCCGCGUGAAGGAAGACCUGCUGGAACUGAUGCUGCUGCAGAACGCGCAGACGCACCAGCUGCUUCUGAGUGGCCAGGUGGCAGCGGCGCUCAACAAGGGGCUUGCCUGGUCUGGCCCGCAGGUCUACCUGGAGGGUCAACAGGAGGCAGCGUAUGAAGAGGAGGAGGAGACCGAAGCCCAGGAGGAGGGGCCUUUGGUGUUCCACCACCACUACCUGCCCUGCCUGAUGCCUGCUCUGGGCCCCCUGCUCCCCUGGCCGGCCCCUCUCCUUUCCCCUCCCCUACCGCAGCCCCACUUGCAGCCCUUGGCCAGGGUUCAGCACCACCCUCCUACCUCUGGGAAAAGGGGGGCGAGAGCCGUGCCGCCGCCCCCACCCCCCAGCGCCGCAGGGACUGUGGGUGUGGAUGUACCCCCAGCUUCAGACUAUUAUGAUGCCGAGAGCCUCCCGUGAGGACAGACAUCAGCCCCAGGACCCACGCCAGCUUCAUCGCAGGGCUGGAAAUAGCCCCAGAGCCCCUGUGUGCCCCGCUACUGCUUUUCCAACCCUGCACCUAUGCCUGGCAGCCCUUCUUACCCCCUCAGCCCCAAGUAGGCCCUCUCCCCGAGGUCAGUCAGUUCCCCU